AACAGUUUAUAAACAGUUUGCAUUCCGCAGUCGUGCAGUUCAGUUUUGUGUUGUACCUCGCCAGAGUAGUUGAUCUCUACUCGCGUUAAAAACAAUUAAAAUUGCAAAAGCAAAUCUCAAACAACAGCUCGCGCAAUAAAUAAACAAAAAAAACGAAAAGCUACGGUUUUGAAGUGGAACUAAAAAUUUAUUGGGUGCCAAGAAGAAAAUCGCCGAAAAAUGCACUCUCAUUAUGCCCUAUUAGCCACACUGGCCUUGUGUGCGGUCGGCGCACUAGCAGACCAGAAAAGUGCCACUAUGGAAGCUAUUGCUUAUAUGGAGGGUCCCACCGUGAAGGGCAAUGUUACCUUCAUGCAGAAUGGCUGCUCGGAGAAUGUUCAUGUGCACGUCUAUUUGACUGGAUUAGCACCGGGCAAGCACGGUUUCCACGUGCAUGAGAAAGGUGACUUGACCAAUGGCUGCACCAGCACUGGCGGACACUUUAAUCCCGAUAAGAUGGAUCAUGGUGCGCCUGGCGAUGAAGUGCGUCACGUUGGCGAUCUGGGCAAUGUGGAAGCCGCUGCGAAUGGUAUUGUCGACACCACUUUCACCGACCACCUAAUCAGCUUAACUGGCAAGCGCACCAUCAUCGGACGCGGUCUGGUUGUGCACGAAUUGACCGAUGACUUGGGCAAGGGCAACCAUCCCGAUUCGAAGAAGACAGGCAAUGCAGGCGGACGUUUGGCUUGCGGUGUCAUCGGUGUUAAGCAUAUUCCAGCCUCUGCCCCACGGAAGUGUCCAUUAUUCCAUUAAUUUAAAAAAAUAAAAUUUCGGCACCAGCAGCAUGUAAAGAACACAUAACGGUUACUUUUUACAACAUACAACAUUUUUUUACUAGUUUAGUUUUCUAAUUUGAAUGACAUCAUUGGAAACUGAUAUUGAGCGACGAGGUUUUCAAACAGAAAUUAAAAGCUUUCAUGAGUAGAAAUUGACUUUUAUCUAUGGGAUGGCAAUAAUAUAUUUUAAUCGAUUAAUUAAUCCUAUGAAUAAUCGGGAGACAAAAAUAGUAAUCCACAUUGAUCGCGAUUAAUGUCAAACAAUCGAUUAUUAAUCAAUUAAUUUCAUCCUUUUUUAAUGAUUAUUAAAUUGUAUAAUGACUAUUUUCGAAAACUUCCUUGCAUACAACUCAUUUUUUUAAACUCCUUUCAUAUUCACAUCUGUAAAAUUGGCGUCAACUAACAUGAAACUAGAAUCAAGGCGCAUUCAUUAAGAGUGGUGGCACUACACCAACAACAAUGUUCUGUACGUUUGAAUGUCAAAGCAAAGUAUUGGGAAACUAGAAGACAAAUAAUGAAUUCGCCUUGUUUCAUUCUGAGUUGACAGCCACAUGGGCACGGCGAAAGAAAAAAAUACAAAUCAGCUGAUUUACCACCUUUAAUAGAUUUGCCUUGAGUAGAAUUGUCAAUGUCAAUAAUAAUUAUUUAUUGUUCAACCACGUUUGCAGAAACAGUAACUUUGGUAACCGUUUUUUUGUUAAGUGGUUGUGUUUUUCAGUAGCUGUUGCACCUGCUUUUGAAAAAAGUCGUUCGGCUGGUACUGAUAUCCAUUAAAUGGCAAUAUUUUUUUGAAAGCUCGUUAAGUUUUGGGUAAAUAAUUUGCAUUUUUUCCUGAACGACAAUAAUGUUGCGAUUUAGUUUUACGACUUCACAAUUUA